CACCGCCGUUUUCUAAAGCAAAUUGGAUGCUUCAGUAUCACAACAUCAAUCAUCGACAACACACGCACGCACACACACACACACCACGAGAUCAUCGCAAUACAUCCGUCGUCGAGAUCCAACACCACGAACGAAGCACGCUGGGGAUGAUUAUGCAUGCGUGUGCUGCUGUUGGGAUAUCCACAAGUGUCGGUGUCUAGACGGACAGCAUGGCAGUGGCCGAAGCUAAACUUCGGCGAUGGAAACAGUGGUGUAGUGGGUUGCGAUGGGUAGCAUUAAUAAGGAAACUGACUGAAUAUGCAUCGUUCCAGGGGAAGAUCUAGAUGAGUUUGUAAGUGUGUGAGUGUGAGUGUGUGUGUGUGUGUGUGUGAAGGGAGAUGCGAGAAGGGGGAUGUUGGUGAGCUGAGCGACGGACAGCUGCGGGUGCGAUGAUCGGAAUUGAAAUGCGAUGCGAUCUUGCGCACGUCUGCAGCGGGCAACGACUUUCUAGAUGGCCAGCCACCUUUUAAUAGAGCGUACCCCGUAACCUACGCAGUGUAAUCCUCCAGUCUCGUCCUCGACCAACCCCGCGUCGUGGCUGUCUUCUCCCUCUGCCUUCCCCAUCUCCAUGGCUCCUGAUUGAUCAGUCUCUCGCCUUCGUUUCCCCCUUCCCUUCCCUUUCCUGCCUCCCUCGCUCGUCCUCUCACGCUGAAAGUUUUUUCACCGUUCUUGUGGUGCUGUAUAUGGUGAAGCAGGCCACCGCCUGAUCGUCGUUGCGGUGCUGCUGCUUCUGCGUUGAGUUGUCUGUGCUGGUGAUAGCAGUGCUCUGCUGAUUGUGCCUGCAUUUCGAUCGGUUCCCCUCGGAGUACUUUCCAUUGGUUUUGUCUGAAUAGGUGGUUUUAGGAUGGUUUGAGAGGCGAGAAAUAGUGACCCAGUGUUUGUUGCCUGUUGGAGCUUAGCGGCAUUGUGGUCUUUUCUGUUGUUUUCAACCUGAACGGUUAUGCUUUGGCCAAAUUAGAUCAGCCGCCCACAGGAUUUUGCUUGUUUAUUUUUGAAAUUCUUGGCGUGCGACCGUAGUCACCGUUACUGAGUUUUUUUGAAUUGGGCGUUGAUUCGAUAUUCUCGUGCAUUAACAUACGAGCCAGCAACGGUGAUCCAGCAGUGGGGUUUUGUUACUGCUGCUUUUCUCCAAGUUGUGGUGGUGUUUACCCUCCUCUCUAGCAUCCGAAUUCGAGUCAGUAAUGUGCACAAUUUGACAUCUGUGUAACUGUAGCUUUUUAGAGCCGUUAGUGUUUGCAAGCCUUGAUCUGAUCAGCGAUGAUGCGCCUGCGCAAGUGAGAGUCGGUAGAGCGUCGUUCUACAAUGGAUGGCUGAGGUGUUGUCAUCUACUGCGUCGAUUCUCGUGGCUUUCUUUCAGGUGGAGGUAACCAGAUUGACCAAAUUGAACUUGCCCCUAUCAUUUUUGCUGCAUUUCUCAUGAUUUUUUUAGUACCAGUAAUGUAUGUGGGAUUAAAACCCGAAAGAGUUUGAAUAGGAACCAGAUAUUUUGCUAGAAAUGAUCAAAUGCUUCUCGACAAUUGGAUAUUUAUGAGUACUUCGUAUCGGGAAAUUCAGACUUGCUUUAGUCUUUCGAGCGGAAGAGGAUUUAACGAUUCGGUGCUGUUGUAGCUGCUUGGGUACAAGGUAUUUCUGCCAUGCAUUAUAUUUUCCAAGCAUUCUCACUGCAAGGAUCGCUCAUGUCUGAUUGAUUGAAAUACUGCAACUCCAUGUUUCUUUGAAUCUUAACUCGAAGGUUUUAGCAGCCUUAAAAUAAAAUAAAAUAAAAUAAAUCCACUGCCCUAUUCCUGAAGCACCCGUUGAGAAGAAAUAAAGCGCAAUGACCGAUCUGAUUUCGAUCUUGGAGUCAUCAGGGUCAUCACGAGAGGAGAUGUGCCCUGUUGCUGUGCCAAGCUCCGUGGCUUCUUCUUGUGAAAGGUUGAUAUGGGAGGGGUGGACUGCACAACCAUCUCCUGUCGAAGAAAGCACCACCAGCAAGUUACUUCCAAAGCUACUUCCAGAGCUCGAGACAUCAUCCUACUCUGCACUCACCCUUCAGCAACCUGAUGCGCUCUCCAGCAUACUUUCAGUCCUCCACCCUUUUUCUCAUUACAGUUCGGCCAGUUUAGAACUCGCUCGCAAUCCUGACUGGAGCUUGAAAUCUUCAAAUCCUCUGCGGGAAAGCAGCUCGGAGGCUGGCAUCCGAACCUCAUCUUUCGAAGGCUUGUACUCUGGUCAGCACACCACCAAAAAGAUUCAUUUGGGGGUCAUACCCUACCACUUGUCCGAAGAUCAGCGCCAGUGCGCUGUCAGUCCUCCGGAAAAUGAGUGCCGCCUACUGUCUGCAAAUUCCUCUGGAUCCCUUCACUGGUGGCAUUCCAUAGGCCCCGAGUCUCCUUCCUCUACUCUUGCAUUCCAUAAUAUUGGGAUCCAACACUCUACCUUCGAAAAGUGUGAGCCUAGGGGCCAGUCGCACUCAUCAUGGCCAGCGGCCAGCGGCACGUCGCCAACAGUUCAAUACUUUCAUGCCCAUUCUGCAGAUAAUGAAGGUGUCGAGGUCGUCAAGCAAGAUGACUCGCAGAUAUCCAAGGCUCUGGCGACCUAUCAACCCCACGGCGACCAUAGUCUCGUGCUAAAUUCAGACCGCAUUGCAAGCACAACCAGCCACUCAGAAGAUCCUUGCGGCCCUAAACCUGGACGCAGACCAGCUGCAUCAUACGACACCGAGAUGAUUCUUAGCCCAAGUGAGAGUUUCUUGACAACUCCCAAUAUGUUAUCAACGUUGGAGUGCGUAAUAUCCGGUGCAAGUAACAUAUCUGAUCAGUAUAUGAACUUCGUCAGAGAACCGCAGGAGCAAAGGCUGUCCUCUAUCUCCGAUCUGUCCCUUAUUCCUGACAGCCACGCGGAUCCGCACAGUAUCGGAUUUAUCUCUGGGACCUUUAGAACAGACUCCCACGGAACUGGAAUAAGAAAGAACCGCAUCUUUCUCAGUGAUGAGGAAUCCGACUUCUUGCCUAAGAAGCGAUCCAAGUACACGGUCCGCGGCGAUUUUCAGAUGGAUCGCUUCGACGCAGUUUGGGGGAAUACCGGUCUUCGGGGAUCUAGCUGUCCUGGAAAUUCAGUAUCCCAGAUGAUGGCGAUUUACGAAUUCGGACCCGCACUGAACAGGAACGGCAGGCCGCGAGUACAACGUGGUUCGGCGACUGAUCCGCAGAGUGUACACGCCAGGGCGCGGAGGGAGAAAAUCGCCGAGCGCUUGAGAAAGUUGCAGCACCUCAUUCCAAACGGCGGGAAGGUGGACAUCGUAACCAUGCUCGACGAAGCCGUUCACUAUGUUCAGUUUUUGAAGCGACAAGUUACGCUUCUGAAAUCCGACGAGUAUUGGAUGUACGCCACGCCGACCUCGUACCGGAGCAAAUUCGACGACUGCAGUCUGGUUCCCGGCGAGAACAACUGAUCCUGCAGGAAAGCUGGCAUGUGGCUACCGUCAGACAGCAUGGUAAAAGCGCGGUACCGCCGAAAUCUACCAUGUGUCAGUAGUACCGACACAUGGUGGAUUAUCGAUCUCCGCAGCUGCCCGGUGUUGAUGAUUUCAGCUCGUCGCCGUGUCGGUAAAGGUUUUGUGAGGUCGGUGAUGUGGGCUGAAGUCAUCAAAACUGCAAUUGAGCAGCACGCUUUGUACAAUUUUUUCAUUUAUUUAUUCUAGUUUAUUUUAGUUUGUAGAAAUCGAUACUAAGUUGUUCCGCUUGCUUAUCAUGGUAUGGUGGACAAUACAUGUGAGUGAUCUUUUUCAUUUUA